AUGGAGAAACCAAUCGUAGAAGACGAGAGAAGCGAGAUUGUUGCGUCUUGUACGCAGUGGAGCCAGUGGCAAUUACUCGAUUCCAUUUUACCAACCGGAGGCUUCGCUCACUCCUUCGGUCUCGAAGCAGCGGUCCAGACCCGGUUAGUUUCGUCUCCGGGAGAUCUCGAAACCCAUAUCAUCAACGUCUUGGAUAACACAGCGAGCUUGUUGCUUCCUUUCGUCUACUCUGCUCUCAAAUCUCCUGACAUAGAAACCUGGCACAAGCUCGAUCAGAUCCUCAACGCUACUCUAACCAACCAAGUCUCUUCAAAGGCAUCCACGUCACAAGGAUCAGCCUUGUUCCGCGUGGCUGCUUCGGUUUUCACCGAGAUCCCCAAUCUGAAGAUGAUCAGAGACGCCUCUCUAUGCGACAAGAACGUGUGUUUCCACCAUGCGCCAGUAUUCGGGCUUAUAUGCGGCUUACUCGGCAUGGAUCCUGAGAGUUCUCAGAGGGCUUACCUGUUUAUCACGCUGAGAGAUGUUGUGUCUGCUGCUACGAGGUUGAAUUUGAUUGGACCGAUGGGUGCUUCGGUGAUGCAGCAUCGCAUUGCCGUUGUUGCUGAAACGGUUUUAGAGAGAUGGAUGGAUCGUGAGGCUGGUGAAGCGUGUCAGACAUCUCCUUUGCUUGAUGUUGUGCAAGGUUGUCAUGGUUACUUGUUUUCCAGACUUUUCUGCUCUUGA